GCUACAGUCGCUCUGGCGGUUGAGGUCGUGCCGCGGGCACAGCGAAUAGGCCGUCGCAUGGUCCAGACGUCUUCAGCGGUACACAUCAUUGCUGUGAGGUAUAAAGCUCUCAUGGGCAGCGAGCACGACCAACACCAACGGUACUACUCUGCCUUCGUCAACCCCGUCAGCCAUGGCCUCCUUUAUUGUCCUCGCCCUCACCGCUAGCGCCCUCGCCAUAGGCCACCAGGGCCAGGUUGUGAAGAUCAACCCAAAGAAUGGCAACGCCACCUACGACGUCCAGUCAUCCAACUGGGCUGGCGCUGUUAUUCAGGCCGCUCCUGGUACCUACCAGGCCGUCACUGGCACCUUCACGGUCCCCAGCUCCUCGGGCUCGGGCUCCGCCGCCAUCUGGGUCGGUAUUGAUGGCGCCGGCUCUGACUGUGGGGUUAUCCUCCAGACUGGUAUCGUCGCAAACAGCGACAACACCUACUACUCCUGGUACGAGUGGUUCCCCGACCCAUCCUACAACUUCAACAACAUCAACUUCGCCGCGGGCGACGUCGUGAAGCUGACCGCGACCGCGCACUCGACAACGACGGGCACAGUGACGAUCGAGAACCAGACGAACGGUCAGAGCGUGACGCAGGACGUGAGCUCGACGCACGCGCUCUGCCAGGAGUACGCAGAGUGGAUCGUCGAGGACUACGAGGUCGGCAGCGGCCAGGCGCAGUUCGACGACUUCGGCACCGUCACGUUCUCCAGCGCGCAGGCGCAGACGGGAUCGGGAUACGCCGGCCCCGACGGCGCGACGAUCUGGGAUAUAUGGCAGAACAACGUGCAGCUGACACAGUCGUCGGUCCAGAACGGCAACGUUGUCGUCAGCCACACUUGA